UUUCUCUUUUCCAAAAAAACCUUCUUUACAAACAGCAUCCUCACCACCCAUCUCUAAAGGAAGACAUGUCAGAUGUUGUCCGUCAAAAGAAGAAGUAUCCAAAGAAACCUAAAAUAGAGAGUGUAAUAACUCCUCAGCAGCCCACUACUGAGCCGUUGCCUGUAAUCAGUAAGAGUGACAUUAAACAGUAUGACUUCCACAGCUCAGAUGAAGACGAAUUCCCACAGGUACCCUCACCAGUAUCGGAACCUGAAGAAGAAAAUGAUCCCGAUGGACCUUGCGCUUUCAGAAGAAGAGCGGGAUGCCAGUAUUAUGCUCCUCGUUUGGACCAAACUAAUUAUUCAUGUGAGAAUUCGGAACUGGCAGAAUUGGACAAGCUGAGGUACAGGCAUUGCCUCACAACCCUUACGGUCCCAAGAAGAUGCAUAGGAUUUGCAAGAAGACGAAUUGGCAGGGGAGGAAGGGUUAUAAUGGACCGAAUAUCUACAGAACACGAUCCUGUCCUGAAACAGAUAGACCCCGAAAUGCUAAAUAGUUUUUCAAGCUCUUCCCAAACUGUAGACUUUUCUUCUAAUUUCUCACGGACCAAUGCUUCCAAUAAACAUUGUGAAAACAGACUAUCCCUUUCUGAAAUAAUAAGCAAUAUCAGAUCAUGUCGACUGCAGUGUUUCCAGCCAAGGCUACUAAAUUUACAGGACAGUGAUAGUGAAGAAUGUACCUCAAGGAAACCAGGGCAGACUGUGAAUAAUAAAAGAGUUUCUGCAGCAUCUGUAGCUUUAUUGAACACCAGCAAGAAUGGCAUAUCAGUAACAGGGGGUAUCACAGAGGAGCAGUUUCAGACACAUCAACAGCAAUUAGUUCAAAUGCAAAGACAGCAACUUGCUCAGCUUCAGCAGAAACAGCAGUCUCAGCAUUCCUCACAACAGACGCAUCCAAAAGCACAGGGCUCAAGCACCUCUGACUGCAUGUCCAAAACACUUGACUCAGCCAGCGCCCACUUUGCUGCAUCUGCAGUGGUCAGUGCACCUGCUCCCAGUCGCAGUGAGGUAACAAAGGAACAGAACACCAGCCACAACAAUAUAAAUGGUGUUGUCCAGCCUUCAGGAACCUCUAAAACUCUGUACUCCACCAACAUGGCUUUAUCAUCCAGCCCAGGGAUUUCAGCUGUACAACUUGUAAGGACAGUUGGCCACAGCACCACAAACCACUUAAUUCCAGCUUUGUGCACGAGCAGCCCUCAAACACUUCCCAUGAACAAUUCUUGCCUGACUAAUGCAGUGCAUCUAAACAAUGUCAGUGUUGUUUCUCCAGUCAAUGUACAUAUCAAUGCAAGGACUUCAGCGCCAUCGCCAACAGCCUUAAAACUUGCCACAGUUGCUGCCAGUAUGGACAGGGUGCCAAAGGUUACUCCCAGCAGUGCCAUCAGCAGUAUAGCAAGAGAGAACCACGAACCAGAACGACUGGGUUUAAAUGGCAUAGCAGAGACAACAGUAGCAAUGGAAGUGACAUAACCUCAAACCAGUGACUUUACCUGUGCUGAUGGUGUAGUCAUUUAUAUUCCAACUGAAUGCAAAAUACAACACUCUGUGGAUCACAGGGAACUGAAACGGACCUAAAUGGACUAUUGUUAUAUCGUAUAUUAAGUCGAUAUAUAAUGUACAUUUUGUAAAAUUGGGAAAAUCACUACCUUGUAAAAUAGUUUAUUUGUAUCAUCAAUAUUAUUUCUGUUACUUGAAUAGUAGAUAUUCAUCAUCAUGCUUUUGCACUUGAAUUUGCAACUGAAUGGAUUUAAAAAAUAAUUCUUUAAUGGGAUCAUGAGCAUGAAAUGAGAUCCUGCAUCACUUGUUUUAACUAUUUAUUUUGCCAUGUUUACAUUUUGUAUCUUGUACAAAUAAAUUCAACUUUGUGUCUAAAAAAAAGUUAAAAGAUUCAUAGCUAGGAAACGAAAUUCUUGUAAUUUUUUUCUAAAGGAAAUGUAAAGUUUUCACUUGGUUCAUUUUGUUUCACAAUUUGACUAGAUGGACUUUUUGGUAAAUACUUUAGUGGCAUUUCACUGUCAAAUAUGAAGUUCAAGGCAAAAUAGUAUUUUCUAUUACUGUGCAGGGGAAAGGGAUGGAUCGAUACAUGCAAAUUUAAUGUAGUAACUCACUUUUCCAUAUAUUUUGAAUGUAUAUUUCUAUUUAUAAUACCAGUUUAUAAAAGAUAAUUACACAGAAAAAACUGACUAGGAAAAAUUAUGCAUCUAGCACACAUUAAACUGUGCAGAUAUGAAAAAUUUUCAACUGAUUACAUUUUAUCUGAAGACUGCAUAUUUUAACCGGCUUUAAAACAGUAACACACCACGUAAAGGAUAUUUUACCAGGUAUGUAUUGCAUUAUAUAUCAUUGCAAUAAUUAUUGGAUGUCUAGAUAUCGAGCCAUCCCAGGUGGUGGGAGGGGGGAGGGUUGUGGCAAGAUUGUCUUUUCAAUUUUGGAGAGUUUUCCUGUGGCUACAAGGCAAGUAACGGGUUGGAAAAAGUCUGACUGUAAGCGUUGGACACCUUCGUAGUGUAGUGUUUUAGUGACUUUUUUUAUAUGGUUCUUGUAAAUUAGAUACGUGUAGUGGUGUUUCAGAAUGUUUGUUUAUGCACUAGUUCAGACAACUUUCCCUGUUACUUGUUCUUGAUAAGUGAAAACUGCAGGGAAAUAAAAAUACAUAUCAAAACAUG